CGCAAAUACCUUAACCUCAAACCAAAAUAUAAACAAACUUGAACCUUCUCAUUUUUGCAUUUUGCUACAAAAUAUCUAGAAAAUCAAAUGGCAGACGAUAGUAAGUUUUCUCUUAGUGCAUGGGAAGACGAUUUAGAGGAUAUCGAUUCAUCCCGAAAUCCUACAGAAAUCCUUCAAAGACAGUUCCUGGAAGCUGCAGAAAAUGGUGAUCUACAAACCAUUAAAACACUCCUAGACCAAGACCCGGAUCUCAUAAAUACCACUGACAAAGACAAAUAUACAGCACUGCACAGAGCUUGUUAUAGUGGCCAUUUAGAAGUAGUGAAAUAUCUUGUAAAAAAUGGAGCCGAUAUUGGAGCCAAAACAGAAAUGCAGUGGGAACCUUUGCACUCUUGUUGCCAGUGGAGUCACGUGGGAUGUGCGGCUUUUCUAAUACAAUGUGGAGCUAAUGUCAAUGCUUUAUCAGAAGGAGGUCAGACUCCUUUGCAUAUAGCUGCUACGCAUGGGAAAAACUAUGAUACAGUUCAGUUACUUUUAAUGCACCCUUACAUAAAUCCUUCUCUGAAAAAUAAUAGUGGGGAAACGGCAACUGAUUUAGCUAGGAGAAGUUCAAAGUAUUAUAACAUUUUUGAUAUGGUUGAUCCAGUUUUGGACUCUAAAAGUCUUGAAUUGCUCAAACCUAAAAAUUAAAAGGUAAUCUCUCGGGUAAUCUAUCAAUUUUCAGCAGCCAGUGAUAAAGAUCUUGACAUAGCAAAUCGAUUAAGAUAAAAUUUACUUUUUCUAUGAUCUUUGGUGUGAUUUUGCAUUGUAACAUUUGUAACCUUUUAAGUUUAAGUUCAAAGCUACUCUGUUUAAAUUAUAAAGUAAUUAUUAUCA